CCGCCGCCGGGGCCGGCCGGGCGCAUCCCCCCGCCCGGCGCUCCCCGCCCCGUCCCGCCGCCGCCAUGAACCCGCUCUUCGGCCCCAACCUCUUCCUCCUGCCGCAGGAGCAGCAGGGGCUGGCGGGCCCCGAGCUGCCGCCGCCGCCCGCCGCCGAGCCGCUGUCGGCGGAGCCGCCCGCCGGCCCCUUCCCCGCGCCUCCCGCCGCCAUGGCCCUCCGCAACGACCUGGGCUCCAACAUCAGCGUCCUCAAGACGCUGAACCUGCGGUUCCGCUGCUUCCUGGCCAAGGUCCACGAGCUCGAGCGGCGCAACCGGCAGCUGGAGAAGCAGCUGCAGCAGGCGCUGGAGGAGGGGGCGGGCGGCCGCGGCCGCGGGCCCCCGCGCCGGGACCAGGCGGUGCAGACCGGCUUCGUGGGUCCCAUCCGCACCCUGGGGCUGGGGCUGGGGCCGGGGCUGGGGCUGGGCUCGGCCCGGGCGCUGGGGUCGCCCGGCUCCCGGCCCGGCGGUCCCGGCCAGCCCUCCGCCUACUCGGCCGGCUCCCGCUUCAUGCCCGGCACCAUCUGGUCCUUCUCGCAAGCGCGAAGGCUCGGCCCGGGGCCCGAGACCACCCUGGUGCAGGGACCCGGCGUCUCGUGGGUCCAUCCCGACGGGGUGGGUGUGCAGAUCGACACCAUCACCCCCGAGAUCCGAGCGCUCUACAACGUGCUGGCCAAGGUGAAGAGGGAGCGCGACGAGUACAAGCGCAGAUGGGAAGAGGAGUACACGGUGCGUGUCCAGCUGCAGGACCGGGUGACUGAGCUGCAGGAGGAAGCGCAGGAGGCUGAAGCCUGCCAGGAGGAGCUGGCCAUGAAGGUGGAGCAGCUCAAGGCAGAGCUUGUUGUCUUCAAGGGACUCAUGAGCAAUAACAUCACGGAGCUGGACACCAAGAUCCAGGAGAAGGCCAUGAAGGUGGACAUGGACAUCUGCCGUCGCAUCGACAUCACUGCCAAGCUGUGUGAUGUGGCACAGCAGCGGAACUGCGAGGACAUGAUCAAGAUGUUUCAGAAGCAACUGUCUCUGCACUUGUCUCCCGUUAAGGUCCCAGCCUCGGUGGGGCGGAAGCGGGAGCGCAAGCAGGUCAGCGACGAGGACACCUCGCUGUCGGAGAGCGAUGCCUCCCGGAAACCUGAGGAGGAGGAGGAGGACGAGUCCACGGCCAUGAGUAUCAAUGAGGAAAUGCAGAGGAUGCUGAACCAGCUGAGGGAAUAUGACUUUGAGGAUGACUGUGACAGCCUCACAUGGGAGGAGACGGAAGAAACGCUGCUCCUCUGGGAGGACUUCUCUGGAUACGCCAUUGCAGCCGCAGAGGUGCAGGGGGAGCAGCAGGAUGACAGCCUGGAAAAGGUGAUUAAGGACACGGAGUCGCUGUUCAAGAGCCGUGAGAAGGAGUACCAGGAAACCAUCGACCAAAUAGAGCUGGAACUGGCCACAGCCAAAAAUGACAUGAACCGGCACCUGCACGAGUACAUGGAAAUGUGCAGCAUGAAGCGAGGCUUGGAUGUGCAGAUGGAGACGUGCCGGCGGCUCAUCACCCAGUCUGGGGACAGAAAGUCUCCUGCCUUCACCCCGACCUCCAACAGCGAGUCAGCCCCGAAUGAGGAGAGCGAGGAGUCUGACCGUGAUCCCCCCAGCGAUGCUUCCAUCAGAUAAUGAGGGGAGGCCCGGCUCCCUCGGACCCCCUUCCUGGCACGGGGUUGCCUGAGUCACACCUGGGAGAGACUGUCAGGGACGUGGAACUGCUGGUAACCGUCUGUCGCCCAGGCUCACUCCCGUUUUGGGGUGCUUGGCAGAUCCCACACACCCCCUCACCGGAUACCUUGCAAAUGGGAAUAGCUAGAUAGACCUGAGGGCCCUUGCCCGGGCUGCUCUGCCUUCAGCCCCUUCUCUAUUCCCUUUCCCUGCUUUGGUUAAACCGUGGUUCGGGCAGGGAGGCUCCAAACCUGCCAUGGUGGCGUUCUGCAGGACCUGUUCCGAGGCGCCCCCAGACCCACCUCCUCUGGCCUCCGUCCUGGUACACCUGACCUGCCCCUGCCCUCCCUGCGCUGCACGGAGCCGAACGAGAGCCGUACCUCCCUGCAAACUGGACCUGACACUGGUGCCAACUGGACCGAGCCCGGGGCUCUCCCUGUCCUUGCUGCUGGCCGGGCGCCUGGCUGGUGCCCACGCCGUGCCGGGCGCCCCGAGCCCUCCCACGCCUUCUCCAGGGCGGGGGCCGAGUCCCACUCACUGUGCACUUUGCUUUGCCGCCCGUCGGCGAUGCGCUCACGUCUGUGUUACGGGGGCGAGGUCAUUAAAUGGGACAGUUUCCUUUUCUACA